AUGCAGGCUACCGUCGAAUUCGAUCCCAGCUAUUCGCUGCUUACGAUUGACCUUUCGCCUGGCGAAUCCAUCAAGGCGGAGCCUGGAGCGAUGGUGGCUCAGCAGAGCGUAGUCAUGGCCACGGGCAUGAGCGGGUCCGGCGGUCUCUUCGGCGGUAUCCGUCGCAUGAUGGGCGGGGAAUCUUUUUUCGUGAACACCUUCACCGCCGAAGCCACGGGAGGCUGGGUCAGCCUGGCUCCGCCCGCCCCUGGUGAUGUCGGCUCGUUCUCCCUGGAGCCGGGAACCAACCUGUUUUUGCAGUCCAGUUCCUUCCUGGCAAGUACCGGCAACGUGCAAAUCGACAGUCAAUUCCAGGGCUUUCGGGGAUUUUUCAGCGGGGAAAGUCUGUUCUUCAUCCGUGCCUACGCGCAACAGGGUACAGGUACCGUGUAUUACAACUCCUACGGUGCCAUCAAAGAGGUUGCGGUGACCCCGGGCCAGGAGUUGGUGGUGGACACCGGGCAUCUCGUGGCUUUCACCGACGAUGUGGAGUACUCCAUCGGGAAGGUCGGCGGCAUCCGCUCACUGAUCGCCGGCGGUGAGGGGCUCGUGAUGAAGUUCCGUGGUAGCGGCACGGUAUGGAUCCAGACCCGUAACCUCGCUUCCCUGGCCGAAAAGUUGAACCCGUUCCUGCCCAAACGGGGGCAGUAG